AUGUCUGAUCUUUUUAAAUCAGCAUUUGGUUACUUUAGUAGCAAUACUUCAACUACAAUAAACAAUGAAUUGGUUGGACAGAUUGUGGAAGUUGGAAACAUUAAAUUAAAAGUCAAAAGAGUUGUGGCUGAAGGUGGAUAUGCUGUGGUCUUUGUUGCUCAAGCAGUAGACACAGGAAAAGAAUUUGCUCUCAAGAGGCUAUUAGCAGCAGACGAUGAAGCUACUCAAGCAAUUAUUAAAGAAAUUAACAUUCUUAAAAAGCUCUCAGGACAUCCUAACAUUAUUCAAUUUGUCGCUGCUGCGUUCAUUGACAAAUCACAGUCUAGUCAUGGGAUGUCAGAAUACUUGCUUCUUACAGAGCUUUGCACAGGAGGUACAUUGGUUGAGUUACUGCAAAAGAGAGGAUCUGCAGGAUUGCCUCCUGAAGUUAUUACGAGAAUUAUGUGGCAAACAUGUAAAGCUAUUCACCAUAUGCACCUGCAGAACCCACCUAUUUUCCAUAGAGACAUAAAGAUUGAAAAUCUUUUGCUUACCAGUGAAGGGAGAAUUAAACUUUGUGAUUUUGGAAGUGCUACAUGUAAUGUAGUCAAGCCGGAUCACACUUGGAGUGCUCAGCAGCGAUCUCUUAUACAAGACCAGAUUUCGAGGUGUACGACUCCAAUGUACCGAGCACCUGAAAUGUUGGAUACUUGGGACAACCGUGAGGUUGGGCCUGGAGCGGAUUCUUGGGCGAUCGGUUGUCUCCUCUGCCUUCUGGCCUAUUUGAGGCAUCCAUUUGAGGAUUCGUCCACUCUUCGUAUCAUCAAUGCUAAUUAUUCACUUCCUCCUGGCGAUUCUCAAUAUAAGCCGUUUCAUUCGAUUAUCGAUGGUUGCCUAGUUGCAGAACCGGAAAAGCGACUCACUUUACCUCAAAUUUUGGAUAGGCUUGCCUCUAUAGCAGAAACGCUAGGAAUCAAUCCCAAUGAGCCAAUACCAUUAGAAAAAUUAGUUAUUGCAACAAGUUCGAGCCUGGACGGUGCGAAAGAACAACCAGCCGCUCCUAGUCCAGUCCAUUCUGCAGUUAGUAAUAGCCCUCGCUCUCAUAGUCCCUCACAUAUUCCUCCAAGUCGCCCUGCUCCUCCUCCUCAUGUAGCCCCACCAAGCAAUGCCACCAAUAGCGGUGGAGGGCUUUUUUCCCAAAUAAGAGGAGGUGCUGGAAGUUUUCUGAAAAAUCUGCGAGAUACCUCAUCUAAAGUGGUUCAGUCCGUACAGCAGACGAUGGUGAGGGGUGAAGAGAUGGCAGCUAGCUAUAUUACAUCUCGCCUUUGUGUGGUCAACUAUACCGAUGGCCCUGAUACCCUCCAUGACUUGAGGUACACCAUUGAAUCUCGACAUCCGUUACCUGGUGCUGCCAUCUACAAUUUGACCCAAUCUACCUUUCCAUUGAAUAGGUUUCCAAAUGCAACGAUUGUUGAGUGUGGUUGGGGUAAGAAGUGCCCCUCGCUCCAGGCUUUGUACACCCUCUGUGAGCACAUGUACCAUUUUUUAUCUAGUCAGCCUUCUAAUGUAUGCUUCAUUGUGUGUAACGACGGUAAGACAAAUUCAGCAAUGUUGGUUUGUGGCUUCCUUCUUUAUGUUGGUUUCAUUACCGAGCCUAAAGAUGCCUUACAGUUAUAUGCUGUAAAAAGAACUCCUCCAGCUCUUCAACCCUCCCAUGUUCGGUACCUGGAAUAUCUGUCUCAGGUACUGGCUCAUCCUCAACCUACCAUUGUUGCGCAGAAGCUGAGAAUUAUGUCAGUUGUCAUCUCUCCUGUACCUGUCUUCAAUAAAAACAGGGAUGGGUGUCGGCCAUUUCUUGAUCUAUUUCAAGGAGAAGACAAGGUGUUCACCACUGUCGACGACUACGAUAGAAUGACAGUCUUCAAUGUAUCUCAUUCCAAGGUAGUUAUUCCAGUUAGGUGUACUGUAGCCGGGGAUGUCACUUUAGCUGUUUACCAUGCUCGUCAAGUCUUGACAAAGGCGAGUCCCAUCAAAAUGUUCCAGCUUCAAUUUAGUACAGCGUUUAUAAAUGAUACAACUCUCAUUUUUACCAGGUCUGACCUUGAUGAUAGCGAAAAUGACGGCCUGCAAGAAUCUUUGCUGGUGUCUAUUUGCCUCGAAGAAGGUGGAGACCCAGUUACCAGCGUGGCACCAUGGGCCAACAGAAGACCAGUCUCUUCGGAAGCGUUGUUCACCUCCAAAUUGGAAGCUUCUGAAACGGCCGAUACCUUUGUUCCUAAACAACGUAAUAAAAAGUCAGUGCCUCCACCAAGACCUGGCCCUCCACCGAGACCUGCUCCUAGUCCGAAAUUGGAAGAAAGGAGGCAUAAUAAUAGUGAAAGUGCCAACUUGUUGAAUCUAGAAGAAAGUGAAGUAAUAGACGCAGUCGAAACUGACGAUUUAUUAAAUCUUGGAGGUGGCGAUUCGGGAAUCACGUCUGGUGUUGAUUCUAUUUUCCAAAGUUUCUCUGCUGCACCUCCUCCUCAACCAACUCAAUCGUUCACCGUACCACCUCCGCAAUCACAGCCCCUCUUUGAUCCAUUUAUUCAAACCAACGGAACAACUGAUCAGGUAAAUUGUAAGACUGAAAACCUACUAGGGGAUUGGGAUGCCAAUUUUGCUGAUUUCACAUCAAACAUGAACAACAUAAACAACGGAACUAGUGAGACUGUGACGAUUAGUAGUUCGGUCGUUGAGGAAAAUUUGAGUUCUAGUUAUAAAGAAAAACAAAACGAUAUGAAUAGCCUGUCUAGUGAAUUCAACAACCUUGGUGUAGGAAAGGCGAAUAGUAUGCAGCGCAACGUUAGUUCACCUAAUCUACACUCGGAUCUCUUCGAAGAAUUUAUUACGAAACCAAAGGCUAUGAGCAAUGCAAAUAGUCCUGCGAAAACCCCAUCUGAAGCCAAUUACAACAGGGCACACUUCGAAUCUGCAAAGCCCCCACCUGCUAACAAUCAGACCGGCAAGAAGGCGACUGAUAUAUUCGAUGACCUCCUCGGCAGCCAAGGAUAUUCGUUUUCCAGUAAGAAGGAGUCCGGUCCAAGGACGAUUAACCAGAUGAGAAGGGAGGAUCAAGCCAAAGUUGUAGAUCCUGAAAGGCUUAAGGUUAUGGAUUGGACGGAGGGUAAGACAAAUAACAUCAGAGCCUUGCUGACAUCCUUGCAUACCGUUCUGUGGCCUGAAGCAAAGUGGCAACAGUGUAGCAUGGCUCAGCUCGUAACGCCGGCCGACGUGAAGAAAGCCUACAGGAAAGCGUGUAUUGCAGUUCACCCUGACAAGCAUAUCGGAACUUCGAACGAGUCAUUAGCAAAGAUGAUAUUUAUGGAAUUGAACAAUGCCUGGAGUGAAUUUGAGAAAGAAUCUACUUAG